GGAGUUAUUAAUUCUUUUACUGUGCAUCAGAACGCACAGACUCGUCAUUUAGGGUUACGGAUAGGUUUCCUUCACCAGUCAAGAGAGUGAAACAGAUAGAAACAAAUACCAUUUGAAUAUCCUAAGUUCCCACGAAGACCUCCCGCCUUCCCCAAAUCCCCCAAAACACCGGAAAACGAGAGAUUUCAAUAUAGCUCUUCAAAGUCACCUACACAAUGACAAUCGAUUCAUCACCUCCCAGCCUUGCCCCCUACGAAGUCCUCAGCCAGGCCUUCCACUUUACAACCGAAGACCAAGAAUUAUGGUGGCACUACACCGCACCGGUAUUCGUCAAAAGCAUGAACGACGCAAACUAUACCCUCCAUGCGCAAUACAAACAGCUGGCGUUUUUCUACCGGUGCGUCCUACCCUACCUGGGUGUAUUCCCGGGCGGCAGAAGCAAAACCGGAAAGCAGCCCUACAAGAGUGGGCUUAGUCCCUACGGUUUCCCCUUUGAGUUCAGCCUGAACCUGCCAGAGUUGACGGUUCGAUACUCAUAUGAGCCGAUUGGGCCUCGUGCGGGUACAGUGGAUGACCCUUUUAAUGUCGAGAAAAUGUGGGACGUUGUUGGAGAUCUUGUCAGCUUUGACGAGAGGAUUGACACAACGUGGCUCCGCGAGCUGGCUGAUUUGCUGCUUCUGUCGAAAGACGAGGCGAACGCUCUCACGUCGCGCCCGGACUUUACCCCCGGUGGACCGGCCCGUGGACAGUAUCAGUUUGCGGUUGAUAUGAAGGGCGACCGACCCAUGUUAAAGGGGUAUAUCUUCACCGCGAUGAAGUCACUUGCGACUGGUAUUUCCGCUGACAAGCUCAUCUGCAAUGCCAUCCGCACUGUGGAUCGGAGGGGCCAGAUCGCUACUCCACUGGCCGAGAUGGAGAGAUACAUCGCAGUCCGCGCAGCGGAACCGCAAUCAACCUUUAUCACCGCAUACCUAGGCUGUGAUAUGCUCGACCCGGCACAGGCCAGACUCAAAGUCUACGGACUGGAUAGUAAAGUGACAUUCGAGCGACUCGUCGAUCUGUGGACGCUGGGAGGACGUAUCCCCAACGACGCCAUGACCCAGACCGGACUCCAGGCGCUGCGAGAGCUCUGGGACCUCCUGCAAAUUCCGCCCGGCAUUCGCGAUAUGAAGAUCGACCACCUGAAGCUCGGGGAGCCGCCCAAGGUUCUACUGCCCUUUAUUGUCAACUAUACCCUUUUGCAGAGCUCUCCACAGCCAGAACCACAGGUUUAUCUUGUGCCAUUUGGUAUGCCGGAUGCACAUAUUGCUGAUGCGCUUACGAGGUUUUUCGAGAAAAUGGGGUGGGAUCAGGUUGCAGAGACUUAUAAGGAGAAUCUUUUUGGGUAUUACCCGAACCAGGAUUUCAGUAAGACGACGCAUGUCCAAGAAGCUGUUUCGUUCUCGUAUAAGAAGGGGAAGCCAUAUCUUAGCGUGUAUAUUUCUCAUUUCUAAGAGAAGAGUUUUUUGACUUGCCGUAGAUUUCGAAGGCGAGAUAAGUCA